AUGUUCGCAGGAAUUACCGUUGUGGGGAUAUGGGCUUCGAUACAAAUACGGCAUUUUCCAACAGGUGCACAGCUCGAGGCACCCGAUCCAUGGCUCGAUAAUCAGAAUCCUUGGGAGCUUCCUCGUCUUGACGUCACCUACGAAGUUCGAUUCUAUGGCUACGCUGAACGUCUCAACGAUGGAACUGGCCGUUCUGUCUGGACUGGAGGUCAAGAAGUUCUUGCCGUCGCUUACGAUGUUAUGAUUCCCGGAUGUUACACCAAGAACACCAACAAUUUAAGGUUAUGGGAGAGUAAGCCAAAGCGAGGCUUCGACCUGAACUCGUUCAACGCUGGUGACUACGAACGGGCUAUCGAGUCAUCGAACAGUGCCGCCGCUAUUACGUCUGUUCUUUAUCCCAACGAUCACACAUCGUUUGGAAAGGAGCUGCGUUUGAAACAACAAUACUUCUGGACUGCUGCCAGUCUAGCUGAUAUUCUUCGCCGAUUCAAGAACAUCGGAAAACCGCUCAGCGCAUUCCCUGAUUGCAAGUUGUAUUUCUAUCGGGUCUCUCGUGUGCUGAUCGAUGUCUACCUGCAGACCCAUCCAACGCUUGCCAUUCCCGAACUCAUGCGUAUACUAAUUGACGAAGAGGAAACACCUUGGGACGACGCAUGGAAUAUCGUCACGAACACGUUCUUCUACACCAACCACACCGUGCUCCCUGAGGCGCUCGAGAAGUGGCCUGUACCAUUGAUGGAACACCUAUUGCCAAGGCACAUGCAAAUCAUCUACGAUAUUAACAUGUACUUCUUACAAGCAGUCGAGAAGAAGUUUCCGGGUGAUCGGGACCGCCUCGCUAGAAUGUCUUUGAUUGAAGAGGGCUUCCCUAAACAAGUCAGAAUGGCGUUCCUUGCGUGCAUUGGUAGCAGAAGGGUAAAUGGCGUCGCUGAGCUGCACAGUGAACUUGUGAGGACAACCAUCCUCAAAGACUUUGUCGAAUUCGAAGGCCGUAGCAAGUUCAGCAAUGUUACUAACGGAAUUACGCCUCGUCGCUGGUUAGACCAAUGCAACCCCGAACUGAGUGCGCUUAUCUCCAAGACUCUCGGUCUUCAGAAGCCUGUCUGGCUUAAGGACCUCUUUAGGCUCGAAGGUCUACUCAAACUCGUCGAGGACAAAAAAUUCCGAGACGAAUGGGCGGCCAUCAAACAAAGGAACAAGGAGAGACUUGCAAAUCUGGUCAAGACUACACUUGGAUUCACGGUCAACACGAACGCGAUGUUUGACGUUCAGAUUAAGAGGUUACACGAGUAUAAGCGACAAACUUUGAACAUCUUUGGAGUUAUCUAUAGGUAUCUGACGCUGAAGAAGAUGUCAGCUGAGGAGAGGAAGAAAGUUAACCCACGCGUCGUGUUCUUCGCUGGAAAGGCGGCCCCCGCAUACUACAUCGCCAAAUUGACCAUCCGCCUUAUUGUCAAUGUCGCCCGAGUGAUAAACGACGAUCCUGAAACCAAAGACCUUCUCUCCCUUUACUUCCUUCCUGACUACUCUGUCUCCCUCGCCGAAGUGCUCAUCCCAGCUUCCGAUAUCUCUCAACAUAUCAGUACAGCUGGAACAGAGGCUAGCGGUACGAGUAACAUGAAGUUCUGUUUGAAUGGUGGAUUGUUGGUGGGUACCGUUGAUGGAGCCAAUAUCGAGAUUGCGGAAGAAGUCGGAGAGAGCAAUGUUUUCUUCUUUGGCCAUUUGGCGCCUGCCGUCGAAGAUCUCCGCUACCAGCACGUUUAUCAUCCCGUCCCGAUUGAGGAGAAGUGUCCCGCAUUGGCAAAUGUUCUCAAUACGGUUUCUGGAGGAAUGUUUGGAGACGGAGGUGUUUAUGACCCUCUCUUGAAUACCAUCCGUCAAGGCGACUAUUAUCUCUUAUCGGACGACUUUGAUUCCUAUAUUGCGGCCUUGGAUUUGGUGGACGAGGCUUACAAGGACAAGGAUGAGUGGGUCAAGAAGAGCAUUAGGACUACUGCCAAGAUGGGUAAAUUCAGCUCUGACAGAGCGAUUAACGAAUAUGCAGAAAGUUUCUGGAAUUUGGAGGCUAUCAAGGUGCCUCAGUGAACGAAAAGGCACGGAUUGGGAAUUAGCGAUUAGCGUGGUAAAAAUGAGAUUAAAAC